AACUAAACUCGCUUGCGGCGCGAGUAGUGAUGUGCCCUGUUAUUGUUCCGAAAUACUAAUCGGCUCGCCCGCAAACAACUUUAAAUUCACUUCACCCGCUCAUCGAGCGAGUGAUGAGUGGUCCGAAAUACUAAUCGGCUGGGAAAGCUUCCGAAAAUAAGCUAAGUACUACAUAAUUUACAACUUUACUUGCUACUCAUCGAGCGCUCGGUUUGGGAUAGUGCAGGAUUGAUUACGGACUCGAGGUUCCAAACGAUAACGGCAAUGCCAUAUGUUAGAAUGGAGUCUAUCCCUUAUCCAUGCUAUAGUAGCAUACAUGGCCCGCGAUUUGACUAACAUGCGUUCUACUUAAAUAGAGCAACUUGAAAAGUUUCAAAGCCCAGCUUGCAGAAUUUUAUUCGUACGAAGAUAGAUCAUAAUGGUCGCAUUUGCUGACCUUUCACUCUCCUUUCUUUUCGGCCUCUCUGGCCUCACAAAACCCGAUACCUCUUCAGGAUCUCUCGAUACCAGAAAUGUCCUUCGAAGCACAGUUUGCGAGCAGAUCGCAGCAAAUGUCUCAUCGAGCUCCGUAGUGUAUUACAGCGGCUCGAGUCAAUAUACCAAGGACAAUUAUCACUGGUCCUCGUCUAGUAGUCAGACUUCUAAGUGUUCCUUUGAGCCCGCAACAACUGAAGACAUUGGAAUCGCGAUCAAAAGUGGAGGACACGCCACGAAUGCAGGCUUCUCUUCCACCUCAGGCGUCGAAAUUGCGAUGUAUUCCUUUUCAGAUAUUGUAUACAAUUCGUCCGCACAAACGGCAACUUUGGGCACGGGUGCAAUAUGGGAUGAUGUUUAUGUUGCACUCGAAAAGUAUAACAUGACUGUUGUAGGACCGAAAAUCACUGGUAUUGGAAUCGGAGGCAUUGUUUUGGGAGGAGGAUAUUCGUAUUUGACUAAUCAGUAUGGUAUGAGCAUCGACAGUGUCGUAGCCUACGAGCUUGUUAUGCCCAAUGGGACAGUGGCUGAGAUCACAGAUUCCACAAAUCCUGAUCUGUUCUUUGCGUUGCGGGUGAGUUUCCAGCGGUCUAAUCACUCUCAAGUCUGGGGCGGACUUAUCACGUACGGGAAAGACCAAUGGGACGCAGCAAGCGCAGCUAUUGCCAACUAUUCAGCGAAUGUCACCGAUCCAAAGGCUUCCAUAUACAACGCAUAUAACUAUGUCGCUGGAGUGGCAGUGAUGGCGAACAUGCUCUUCUAUGAUGCUCCAGCACGUCCUGAGGGCAUAUUCGAUGAAUUCUUGUCUAUUGAUGCCAUCUACGAAGACAUUUCUACCAGAACCUAUGUAGAUCUCAUUCAGUCUUUCCCCUUGAAUGGUACUGCUGGUCUUCGAUCCGUGUUUAGUUCGAUGGCGAUGGAGGACGUUACAGUGCCUGUGUUGGACAUGAUUAUGAAUGAGACACUGACCCGGGGCCCAGAAUUGGCAGAUAACGCUAGUGCUGUAUUUGUCACGUAUAGCGUGGACGUCUUCUUGCCUACGCUCUACGACCACGUGGAUUCGCCGACCGCAUACCCACCGUCACGCAGUCAAGGUUACUCGUAUAUCGAAAUCUACUGUGAGGUACUCACAAGUUACGGUCAGGAUAUCGCGGAUGUUGCUGUCUACCCGAACCACGCACCUCCUGGCACGAGUUUGGAGAAAAUGUAUGGUAGUAAUGUACCUCGUUUGCAAGCCAUCAAGAACGCUGUUGAUCCGGAUAAUGUGAUGGCAUUGACGGGCGGUUGGAAAUUCUAGUUCUCAUUUGUACACGGAAUGGUGUAGAUACACAUUCGUUUUUACCUAUACCCACUUUCUACACUAGAUUUACCUACUGUACUUACUUUGUAUAUGCAACAGUUGUCACGUUUC